AUGAGGAAGCUAGUUUUGGCAGCUUUAGCCAUAUUAAUUGUGGAAAAUCCCUCUUCUCAGGCGUAUUAUGCAAAUGUUCAUGUCCAGAAUGCGUUGAGCGUGGAUAGGUUGAUAGCCCAUUGUCAAUCCAAAGACGAGGAUCUCAGCGCACAGGUCAUUGAAGAGGGCUCUUCUUUGUAUUGGCGCUUCGAUCCUACUGCGUUGGGCAAGGCGCAGGUUUGGUGCAACCUGGCGGUACAAGAUAAGCGACUUUCGUUCACCGUCUACGAUGUGACAAACCACGAGAUUCGAGGUGACGAGGUUCGUUGGGUUGUCAGGGAUGAUGGAGCUCAUCUGGUGCUUUUUGGUAAUGUUGCAGAAGAACCAGUUGCCCGACAGAAGUGGAGAAGGAUUGUUUUCGCCACGACACUAACUGGAAAUUAA